CAUGACGUAGCGGUAAUAUUCCAAUUCAAGUUUGAAAAUUAUUCUUUUGAAAAUCUGAAGCCGUCCACAUAAGAAGAAAAAAAAAAUGUCUAAUUGGUUUGGUAAAUGGACAGACAGAUCAUACUCGUCAAGAAACCCUUUCCGUACGCAAAUCGGAGAAAAAAUAGAAAAAGCUACAAGUAAAAGUUUAUCUUCAGAAAACUGGAAGUUAAUUAUGGAGAUCUGUGAUAUGGUAAAUUCAAGGGAAGAUGGGUCUAAAACUGCUCUGAAAGCUAUCAAGAAGCGUUUACAACAAAAUGCUGGAAGAAAUAAUUCAGUUAUUAUGUAUACUUUGAAAGUAUUAGAAGCUUGUGUAAAAAAUUGUGGAAAAAAGUUUCAUUCUCUAGCCAUGCAAAAAGAUUUUAUUCAGGAUUUGGUAAAGCUUAUUUCUGCAAAAAAUAACCCCAGUCCUGAAAUACAACGAAAAGUUUUGAAUUUAAUACAGAUAUGGGCAGAUACAUUUCAAGACAAUAUAGAUCUUCAGGGUGUAGUAUCAGUUUAUAAUGAAUUAAAAACAAAAAACAUUGAAUUUCCCAUAUAUGAUGAUUUUGAAAUGGAAAAGAAUAUUAUAUUCACAGAAUCAUCAGAGAGAUUAAAUUCACCAUUAUCUGAGAAACAAAAAAAGAUUGUUCUCUCAGAUGAAGAAAUGUUAAAAUUGAAACGUGAAUUAGAAUUAAUGAAAGGGACUAUAGAAGUUUUUGGAGAAAUGCUAAAAAUUUUAAUUCCUGGAAAGACUGAUUCUAAUGAUCUGAAGUCUUUGCAUGUAUGUUUUACAGGAUUAAUUCAAUUAUUGUAAUAUUUAUUAGGAAAU